AUGUCACAUUUUAAAGUUUUAUCCCACAACAUAGAGUCAUCUAGACUCCUACAACAAGAAGCGCAAGAGGGCUCGUCGGCCUUUGACGUAGCUAGUAUCGACAAUCUGCUUGUCUUUUGGCCCGACCGGCUUGUCGACUUGACUCAUCUUGGAUCUGCUAAUGCUCAACUCUUCCCAGAUCACGAUGCAUCCUCGUCCACUUACCUGAUCGGCCAUGUUGUGCACGGUCAUCCAUGCCAACUUGCUGUCGUUGUUGUUAGCACCCUUGAGCUGAGCAAUGUCAGCGACCGGCUCAACAAGACUGCAUCUUACGGUCUUAACAUUGUCGGCACUUUUUCUGCUGACCAGAGCUUCAGCCAGGAUGACAGUAUUCGUGCCUCGACCUCCGUAUGGUUGACCGCCGUUCCACCGUCAUCACCGAACGAGCUGCCGUCGAUCAAGUCGGUUCGCUUUAGCAGUUUUCCAGCUCCCAAGAACGCGGCAGAUUCAUCCUCUCCACGUUCUUGCAAAGUUGCCCCGUGCACAGUCAGCUUGAUUAGCUACUCGCUACCAAACACUCGAAUGUUGCAGUACUUUGCACUCGAAUCGCUCCGACUCGCUCCAGUGUCCGGCAUGAAGCUCGUCUCGACAGCCAGUGCUUUGCUCUUGCCGCAUGACAAGCUGGCCGAGUUCCUUGAUCGGAUGGCCGCCGCUUCAUCACCGUCGAAGCUGCAGAACAAAUUCAUGCAGCUGCUGAUGCUCGAUCCUGUGCGCUGGAGGUCACAGCGCUACAUUCGACCCGAACAAGGUCGCAUGCCAAGGGGCACGGCAUUGCGUCGAUCUAUAGAGGUGAUCAACCAGCUUCAGGCUCGGCUCGAGCUUGUCACCCGCUCUUGGCCAAUGUCGACCAAGUCGACCAAGGAUGGCGUUGUCAAUGGAUCGGCCUCAAUGCAAGCUCGGGUUUCCGACUGGAAGCACCCGGUUGCCAGGCUCGGCAGCAUUGUCACUUCUGUUGCGCUUGCUAUUCAGAGGCUCCUGCGACAUCCUCUGUACACCCCAAAGGAACGCGUGGUCUCAAUUGGCGGUCUAGCUCAUCGUCCAAAUCCAACUCUAAAGUCAUCGCCAUUGACACUGACUUCGAUCUCGGCUUGCGCUCGACAGCUUGAUGUUCGGAUCUCACAACUUGUCAUCGCACCGCGACUCGCGUCCCGACUCCGGUACUUUCGCAAGCAGCAGAAGCUGCCAAUUGAUUGCAUUGCCGCUCCAUACAUUGGUCUUUGGAACGCCAUCUGGUUGAUCGCUAACGACAUCAUUCUAGGACACGCAAUCAGCGUCCUCCUUCUGCAGAACAAGACGAAUCUCUCGAAUCUUGGUCGCGGUCUUGUCGAACGCUACUGGCUCGAAUGGGUGCUUUGGCUGCUUUCCUGGCUGGAGAACUGGCCAGCAGGUCUCAAGCUCAACACGGAGCUCACGCUCUUUUUCAGCGAUGCCUACUCGUCACUUAGCACUGCUUGGCAUCUUCAAGUUCUAGUCCACAUGCUGGCGCGAUUGGAAAUCAUCAUCGUUGCCAUGUCGAUAGUGGGUAGGCUGACGGGAGUGACAAUGGUGUUGUGUAUGAUGCAAGACUUGGUCUCGAUCUGCACUUUACACAUUACCAUCUUCUACACGUUGUCGUUCAAGACGUUGAGGGCAUUCAUCUACGUGCUAUCUGCACUGUUUGAUGUGUUCAGAGGCAAGAAGCGGAAUGCUUUGCGAGGAGGCAGAUUGGACGAUGCAAGCUACGAGCUGGAUCAGUUGCUGCUCGGAACACUUUUGUUUACGUUGGUGGCAUUCUUGUUCCCAACAGUGUACGUCUACUACUUGGCCUUUGCACUGAUUAGGUUUGCUGUCGUUGCGUUCCAGGUGGGCGUGGUGGAGACAGGCUUGGGUCUGCUGAAUCAUCUUCCUCUGUUUGCGCUUAUGCUGAGGUUCAAGGAUCCUCAUCGAUUGCCUGCGGGGGUGUGGAUGCAGGAGAUGAAGGCUCAAGUGCCAACACGAAAGCAAGUCCGGCAAGAGGAUGAACAGUCAGUACUGCAGACGGGCCGCUAUAAAUUGCGAUCUCGACCGUUGGCCAUUGGCGAUAUCUUUGAAGGAUAUGGCCGGCACGUCGGUGGUCUCUUCGAAUUGCCUGGUAUGCUUCUACGCUGUAUCUUUGGUCGUCCUCUUCGUUCAUCUACUCGACCCUUGCCGUGA